UCCGAAUGUAACUUCCUCACAUCAUCUCUAGCGUCGCAACCAGCAGCACAUCUGCCUCACUACAUAGCACUAGACGUGUUGACACGCUAUCAUCGGACAUUCUUAUAUAUAUUUAUAUUCUUGCCAACAAACCGAUAACAUAUCAACAAAAUGUUUCUUGGCGCAUUUAUUUUAUCACUGAGUUCUGUGGCUCUCGCUGCACCAGUGUUUACAGAGGAACCGACUGACGUUGUAAAAUUUUGUCACGGGAAGCCUGCCGACAUUUUCUUCCUGCUGGACAGCUCCACGAGUAUAUGGAUAGUAAACUACCGUAAACAGCUUCAGUUCCUACAGGACAUCGUCGCCACCUUUCCCAUCUCCCAGACGGGCACCAGGAUCGGUGUCGGUAUCUUCUCGCACCUGUACAAGACGGAAGUUUCCUUCAAUGAUUUUGAUAACGUGGAGGAUCUCCAGAAUAGAAUAAAGAAGAUUCCUCACAUCAUGGGAAAUACUCACACUGGGCGAGCUCUAGGGCAUGUUCGCAAAGAGUUUUCAAGGGAGGCGAGGCCGGGCGUGGCACACAUUGCUGUAGUCUUAACCGACGGGGUUUCAAGGAACAAGCGUUCGACAAUAAAGCAGGCACAGCUCUUGAAGGACCAGGGGGUUAACGUGUUCGCCAUAGGGAUCGGUAAGGGGCCCAACAUUAAUGAACUGGAAGCCAUCGGCAGUGAACCUAGCAAUGAGUUCGUCUACAAGAUUGCUGGUUUCAACGUUCUGAACUUCAUCAAGGACAAACUGGCCUUGAAAGUCUGCAGAGUUCCCAAAUAUCAAGCGUAUUGUAGCGCGGAAAUGGAAACCGAUGUGAUGUUCGCCUUUGACUCUGCCUCCAUGGGAACAAAGAACGUGCGACAUGCGCAGAACUUCAUUAGUGACGUUGUUGGGAAAUUCGGAAACAUGGCUGAAGGAAUGAUCAGGGCAGGAAUGUUGUCUGGAUUUUGUGAAAGCAAUCGAAUUAACCUUAACCAAUAUGACAAUAAGGAGACCAUGUCCAGCGCUGUCCGAAACACCGAGGUCAGAGGUCUAGACUACAUCGUAGAGGAACUCCAUCGCCAUAGCUACAACGUCUCCAGAGGAGGACGGGAAAAGUCGAGGAAAAUGUCUGUUAUUUUUGUGGACGAAACUGUUGAGAAAUUUGACCAAAUUAUUGUUCAGUCGGAGAUUGCGAAAGCCAAAGGUAUCACGGUGUAUGUUGUUGGUGUGGGUGACGUGGACGAGGCAAUCCUGAGUACUAUCUGUUCCAGUCCCCCUGAGAACCACAUGGUGCGUGCAUCGUCCUACGACGCUCUGGAUUCAAUAGCAGAGGAGUACUCCGAACUGUUUUGUCAAGAAAUUUCCGUUUUACCUGACUAUGAAUAGACCGAGGAUAACGAACGCCAAGGAGAGUAAGAAACUCAACUAAUCGAACUGACCUCAGUCAUAUGGACUUCACCACUGGACGUUACGGGACAAUGACGGUUUAAACCAUCACUGAGCUUGGGACAACAGUGCUGUGUACUGCACUAUGAGGAAACUCAGUGUUUGAUUUGUGCAAGGAAAUCUGCGCAAUACUUUGUUAGAUGACGGAUGAUUAUCUUUCCUGAUUUAAAACCACCACUCACUUUAAUUUAGUCAAUGAACAAUAAACCAUUGUGCUAUCUUACAUGAAUUUUAUAAAAAUUCUGAAAUGAUUUAUAUUGAAGUACAAAGUUUUUACGCUGAUAAAGCGUAUCAGCCAUAAAACGGACACGGACACUAGACAAAAAUACCUGAAAGGUAUGAUCAUUGAAUGAAUGUCGUAUUAAUCAUUCAUAAUGUAAAAAGGCAGGUAUUUGAAACACAACGCCUAUCUGAUAUAUCAUUUGUCAGUCAUUUAAUGCGGGGACGUAUAAUUUAUUUCCACAAUUUCAUUUUGCAACCAAUGCAAUAGAUAUUAUUUUAUUGUUGAAAAAAGUAUACAGUUUUGUACAUUAACUUGUUAAAAUAUACACUUGUUAUUUGUUGAUUAUGUUAUUGAAUAAAACAUUGAAAAGAAA